AGAGCCGAGCUGCGGGUGUUCCUGACACUCACUGAAGGUUUGAAAUGUGGAUGUGAACUGGACUCUGACUCAGAAAUAAAUUGCAAACACCUGAAGCCUACUUGUCAGACAAGUGAAUAAGAUUUUGCUAAGUCAUUUGGUGCUGCGGUUUUAUCCUAUUUGACUAUAUUUGCAUUGUACAGCCUACUGUAAUCACUUGACAGUUCACAGCCACCACCAUUCCCCCCUAGCGCACCAUUGUCGCACUACACAUUUCCCUUUCUCUCAUCAUGUAAGUGCUGCCCCCUGUACAACGGCUUGAACCCGGGCUGGUUCCCGACUGUACCGUGUGCUCGAAGGGAGAAAUAUGCAAUUUACAUUUCUGGAUGAAAUCUCUUCUUGGAAUGGUUUACCUCCAGUGAAGGUUGAUGUUUCCUAGUCGGGAAUCCCCAGGGUUGCUUUCAAGAUUGACACCCGACAGCUUGCGGCCUCUGCCAAUCUCCUGAGCGAGCUCCGCCUCCCACCGGACAAGACUGCCCACAAGCUCCCGCUGCAUCUGCCUGCGGCAAAGCCCAGCAACCUCCGUGAGGCCCUUGGCCAAUUGCCCGGGAGGAAGGACCUCGUCGCCAUGGACACGGAGUCCACCUACUCAGGGUACUCGUACUACUCUGGUCGCUCCCGGGGAUCCCACAGACAUGGGGAGCGCAGCCGCGACCACCACAAGUCACGCAGCAAGGAUGGCAGCCGCUCGGAGAAGUCUGUCACCAUCAACGCACCGCCAGCAGAACCGCUGCUGGGAGACUCGUCUGUACUGGGGGAGGAGGUCCAGGAUGACAACUGGGGCGAGACCACCACGGCCGUCACGGGGACGUCGGAACACAGCCUGUCCCAAGAGGACAUUGUCCGGAUCACCAAGGACCUGGAGGACAGCGUGGGCCUGGACUGCCGGCGCUACUUUAGCCUGACCCUGGCUGUGGUUCUGGGCCUGCUGGUCUUCCUCACUCCCCUGGCCUUCCUGGCUCUCCCCCACCUCCUCUGGCCUGACAAGCUCCUGGUGUGCGGCACGGCCUGCGAGGGCCUCUUUAUUUCCGUGGCGUUUAAGCUGUUGAUACUGCUGUUGGCCGUUUGGGCGCUGUUCUUCCGGGCUCCGCGCGCCGGCCUUCCCCGGGUGUUUGUGUUCAGAGCGCUGCUGGCCGUGCUGGUGCUGCUGUUCGUCGUGUCCUACUGGCUGUUCUACGGCGUGAGGAUACUGGACUCACAGGAUGAGAACUACCAGGGCAUCGUGCAGUACGCUGUGUCUCUAGUGGACGCUCUGCUCUUCAUCCACUACCUGGCCAUCGUUCUGCUGGAGCUCAGGCAGCUGCAGCCCGCCUUCUCUGUCUGCGUCACGCGCUCCACCGACGGAGAGACACGCCACUACAACCUGGGCCAGCUCAGUAUUCAGCGGGCAGCAUUGGCCAUCAUAGAGAACUACUACAGAGACUUCUCUGUCCACAACCCGGCCCUGCUCACCGCCUCGAAGUCCCGGGCUGCUAAGCACCUGGCCGGCCUCAAGGUGUAUAAUGUGGAUGGUGAGUUCCCCACAACCCCCGCUACCGGCCCUGGGAACAACGCAGCGACCGGAUUGGCCCACUCCCAGUCUCGGGCUAUGAUUGCCGCUGCUGCCCGCCGCCGAGACACCAAUCACAACGAGCUGUACUACGAGGAGGCGGAGCACGAGAGACGCGUCCGUAAACGCAAGGCCCGACUGGUGGUGGCGGUAGAGGAGGCCUUCACACACAUCAAGCGUAUGCAGGAGGAGGAGCAGAAGAAAGCCCCCGGCGACGUGAUGGACCCGCGCGAGGCUGCCCAGGCCAUCUUCCCCUCCAUGGCCCGCUCUCUGCAGAAGUACCUCCGUACCACCAGGCAGCAGCACUGCCACAGCAUGGAAAGCAUCCAGCAGCACCUGGCCUUCUGCAUCACCAACAACAUGACGCCCAAGGCCUUCCUGGAGAGUUACCUGACCCCCGGGCCCACCCUGCAGUACGGCCGCGAACGCUGGCUGGCCCGGCAGUGGACUCUGGUCAGCGAGGCGUCGGUCACCAGCGGCCUCAAGGAGGGCGCCAUCUUCCUCCUCAAGUGCAUAGACUUCAGCCUGGUGGUGACUACCAAAAGGAUCCCCUACAUCCAGCUUUCAGAGGAGUUCAUCGACCCCAAGUCGCACAAGUUCGUCCUGCGGCUACAGUCAGAGACCUCUGUGUAGAACUGGACAACUGUUUUUACCACCACACACCUUUUUUUUGUUUUCAAAAUGGUUUUAUUUUAGGUUUGCGGUUUUAUUUGAGGAUUUUUUUAUAUAUUAUAUAUGAAUAUAUGUUACACACCCAUUGGAAAAUAUUGUCCUUUUUAUCUAUGGUUUACCUGGUUUGAGUUAAUAUAAAAAAAAUAUAUACACCGGUGAUGAAUUUGACUUGUCUUGCAUGCACACACACACACACAGAAGAUUGAACUGAACUCUGUGGAGAUGGAUCUAUAGAUGAACAAUGUGUGCACACAACUGCAUAUGUGUCAAUGUCUAUGAACACCGUUGUUCCACCUCUGAAAGACUGAUGCCGAGCUCAAGACGAGGAAUUGUUUUAAUUCCAUGGCUCAAGAGGGGGACAUCUCACCGAGGAGUCAAAUGACACUACUGUUGCUAUGGACAUUGCUUCAUUCCCCCUCAGCCAAACCACUACAGAUGGUGAACUGCCACUAUUUAACUUCUGGACAAAAUGUAUCUUUUAACACAACCGUCUCAGGCCUGUCUGCUGUUCUGAAACUAUAGCUACUUAAUUUACUUUUUUUUUUUUUUGCGUUACAUGCACAUGUUCUCUACAACUGUAUAUUGAUUAUGUAUAAACACAUUGUGAUAUAAUGUUGUUUAAGUCUGUGUACUGGGUCAAUCUCCAUCCCAUUUCCUUAUAUCCCGAUCUGUGGAUUUACAGAGUAAGACAUGAAUAUCAGUAGCCUUCGUUGUUAAACAAAACCCUUGUUUUAGCUGUUUUAUAGGUGAUUGUUAAAUAGAUAUUCAAAUUCAAUGCCCAUUUAUAUGAUUAACCCCAAGGCUGAAGGCCUUAAAUCCCCAAGGGAUCUUGCUAAAAUAUUUUUAGGCCUCAAAGUGUGUACUGUAGUACGGCUUAUGCGUACAGCAGCACGUUCCCAGGUGCAAUGUCGCAAUACAACAGCAUGUUAUACUGCAGUACAUCUUGUCCACAAGCCAGCUCUCUCUCUCUGUAACAGAAGGUUAUUCUGUACUAUGUUAUGUUAUAAGUACUGCUGUCAACAUGGGGGCUCAGAAUGGUCCAUCCAUAUCCCAAAUGAACAGAUACCAAUAUACACUCAUGGCUGGUUUGUAAAGCAGAGCUCUUCAAAUGUUUAAAACCCAUAGUCGCCCAUAUUAGGAAUCCCAUAGGAUCCUGAUUGCUGAUGUAACUCAAUAUUUCCAGCUUCUGUAAUGGAUUUUGGAGAUGUGCUGCUGUCUCGUUCCACUUUUCAAUUUUAAAUGGGACGUUCACACUUCCCAGCUUAGUCAUAUUUUGAUAAUGAGUCCAUUUAGGACCUUAUAUUUGUUGAAACUUGACAGCUACUUUUUUUUAUAAAGCAACACAUGCCCCGCAUAUAUCUCUUCUCAGGGUUCAGGCUUUCACAUCUAUCACACUUACUUUGCAAGAUAGAGCACUCCGCGAGAGAAAAUGCACAGAUACAACUAAUGUAUGACACUGAUUUGGACCACAGCGCAGAACGCAGAACUCUAUUCUGCAGCUAUUACCAUGUAAGGUCUAAGUGGUUAAUUAAGCUAAUCGCCUCUUGAGAUGGUGAGUACGGUACUAGGGGGUGAAGAGGAGCCUCCCUUGUAACUCACCCGUCUGGUUAGUCUUCUAUUACCAUGUCAUCAAGCGAGAUAUCAUGUUGAGCCGUGAAUCUGGGGACCUGAUAGCUUUGAGGAUGAACAUAAAAAUCCCUAAUGACAUCAGAAUCCUAUAUUCUCCCCUAGUGAAUGUAGGUGGCAGAUUGAGAUCCAUCCAGGAUGAGUUGCUUCAGAGGUGAUCAGGAUCCUAUCUACGUAAAACCUCAUAAAUCCCCAUGUAGAAUGGACUUCUGGCUUGUAGAGGUCCUCAACGGUAUUACAGCUCUGCGUGUCAUUCCUAAAAAACCAAACUGCCCGUCAGCGCCACCUGGCAGACAAACCAGAAGGUGUCAGACUUUGGUCUGGCAAGGGGUUACUGUUGAUGGGUGCCGACACAUUUUCACACAUUCACAAACAAACGCAUGAUGCCCGUGUCCAGUUAUAGACAAACCAUUUUUAACGAUUAGCAUGUGGCUCAUAAAAGCCACUUGGAAAUGCAACUCUAUGUUUUCUCGUCAUGAAAACAAACAUAUUUUUAUACUUAUAGCACGGAGUCUUUUGUACCCAUAAUUGAUGGACUUUGUAUGAACCCCAACUCCUGUGACUGUGCCUCUUGUCUUUACACUGUAUGUAUUUAUGUAGCCAUUCCCUUAUCACAUGCUCAGCGAUCCCUGUAUUGACUGCAUGUUGACGUUUAUUGGGAUUAGUCUUGCCUUGGAGGCAGAACUGAGCGAUUUCCACUAGAUGUGCCAGCGGAAAAGUCCAAAUUUGCUGUAUGGCAAAAAUUCAUGAAAACAAAAAUGUGCUUUUUUGUUCUUAAAGGUUAGUGUUCGCGGUGUGGUUACGAGCAGGACUUUCCGGCUGUGCCAGGUUGUGACCACUCUGUAGAGCUGCCUCCAGUACACGAGUCUUCCCAAUAAAUGCUAACCUGCGUAUUGACCUCUGUCAUGUUUUGCUGGCCUGGUCACAGAUCUGUUUGUGCUGUUACUGCCAGGUUCUGCUAACCUGGCAGUAACUGAUCUGCGACCAGGCUAAAGGUUAGCCAGGUUGCACCCAUACUGUAGAACUCUGCUUGUUACUGACCUGACAUCGCAUUGUAACCAAUGUGUCAAUUUCACUAUACAACAGGCAUUUGUGUAAAAUAAACAUUUGUAUGAACAUU